GUAGCUUGGUUGCUAAGCAAACAAGACGCUAGAUCGGUUGGGUUUUGUCAUUGCUCACGGUAGGAGCCUUCUCUGUCUUUCCCAGCCGCCUACUUUCAAUCUUUUUUUAAAGUAAAAUGUAUACUAGUAGUAUGGCAAAGAAGGAACCUUACGAAAGAAAUUCGUUUUAUAAUCUCCGACCUUUACCGUCAAGAGGAACAAGAAAGCGAAAUCCCGAUGAAGAUUUUAUACUCCGUGGUCGUCGAACUCCUGUUAGGUUGAAGCCCCAGAACUACCGAACCAACUCUGAGAUGACCAUAUCUGCUGCAGGAGUUACACAUAGAAGCAUGAGAACACCCUCAAGGCAAUUGGUGAAUUUUCAGGAAUCACAGACGUCUGAUGAAGAGUUAGACCGUGAGGUUGAUUUAGCUUUGGACUUGUCAGAAUUUGCUGAUGGACCAGAAGAAGAGCUUGCUAGGUUGAAAGAUAAAUCAAGUGAAAAUGAUACAUUUUUGAACAGUACUUACAACUCAGACAAUUGGUUUAUAAAGCCACUUCACCGGACAACAAGUGCACCAGUUGACAUUGAGGAAAUUGCCAGACGACAGCCUCUUAAAGCUUCUGUGUUAAGGUCAGCUAUGGAAGGAAAUGUGACAAGUGUUCCCAGUGAAAAGAUCAGGACAACACCAAUCAAUGACUUUGAUUUGUCACUCUUUAGAGAAGCAGAAAAUCACAUGUUAAGUUCACGAACAAUAAGUGCUUUAGCAACACCAUAUCAAGAAGAACUGGCUAGGUUAAGAUUAGACAGGCUGCGUUUAGAGGAGGAAAGGCUUCUCAAAAAAAAAUGUGUGGAUGAACUUGAAAGAAUCCGUGGACCUAAACCGAGGUGGUAUGAACUCAAGACUCCUGAAUUUCACUGUGAAGCAAAGAGGAACAAUGAUAUACUAUCGCUGUCAGGCCACUAUGAAGAUAUCAUGGAAUACAGAAAACAGCUUUUGUCUUGUGUUGGAGAAGAAAAGGUUGCACAAUAGUGGUGGUGGACUGUGAACCUUGCACAUAGAAAUAAGAAAUGUAUAUUUCUCAUGCAAAUAUCAUUUGCUUUAAGAUGGAAGUUUCUAUCACAAACUUUUGCGUCAUUAUUUUUUUUACUGAACUUUCAGAUCUGAAUAAAAUUUUUUGUUCCUAACUGAUUAUAAAGCUAUGAGUGUUUUAUAUAAUUAUAUUGGUAUUGGCUUCAGUUAGUUUUGUUUAAAUGAAAUAUGUGCCCAAUUUAUGUUAGGUAAUGAUAAAAGUGUAAUCAUCUUAACAGCAUAUUAAAAAAAAUAAUAAUGAGUGCUUUACUUUUGUCUAAGUAGCUAUCUGGACCAUCUGCAAAACUAGGCCUUAUGAAUUUUCCAUAUAGUUCUAUUCCAUUAACUUUCUGUGGAAACAUCACAAUGUGAAGAUUACAAAAAUCACUUGCUAUGUUUAUCACACUGUGAAGAAUAAUAUGUUAUCACAUAUCAUCCAAGAAUCCACAACCUAAUGCCAUUAUGCAAAAUAUAUUGGUACGAGACUCAAAUAGUGUGUGAAAAUCUUGAGGGAUAUACCUUUUUUUAAGACAAAUAUAUGAGAAAAUUGAAGAGUGUAUAUGGGAAAAUUCUAGAGGAGGCAAAACUUUCACAAUUUUUAGUUAUUCUAUUUAGCUGUGUGCCGGAUUCAAUGCUUUCACAAAUGUUUCAAAAUAAAAGAACAGUUGUCUUUGAGAUUUUUUUCCAAGAUCAAAAUAAAGUUCUGAACAUGUUCA